ACAAGGCUCUACUUCCUACCUUAACCUAUGCCCAGGGACUUAACAAUGCCCUCAAAAUAAACUCAACCAAAAACCCAAGGGGGUAGAUGAGGAACUACUAUCCAAUCUCAUGUUCCUAGAGAUAGGGUCCAAUCUCAAUCUCAGAGUCUUCUUAACAUCCUCAAUAAUAAUCUGAGCAGAUCUGCAUAUGUUAGUAUGCAACCGUGAGUUUCUCUCCUUCCAGACCAUAUAAAUAACCGCUUGAAAGGCCAGCUUAAUGAUAAGAAGGGUGUUUGUGUCUGAUGUGGGUGCCUUCAACCAUCUGAGACAAUCCUCAAGCAGAGCAGGAGGCGACAGGUGGAGGCGGGAGCAGAAAUAAUUUCAUAUUUCAGCACUGGUUCUUGAGUUGUCCAUGGAGAGAGAAGAAUGCAGCAGUAGCGAAUCCGGCUGGACUACGUAUAUUUCUUCACCUAUGGAGGAUGACGAGGAAGAGGUAACUGAUGAGGUGUACUAUGAAGGGCAUAUCACCGGAAACGAUAAAAGAAAGCAUGUCAACGACUACGAAAACAACAAAGACAGCGACGAUUCAAUGGCUUCCGAUGCUUCUUCCGGGCCAAGUUAUCCCCAAACGAGCAAUAGAGGGAGAAGCAGAGAAUGUAUUGUUUUAAGGAAUGGGAAAAGUGAAAGUAAGAGUAAGAGUAAUGAGGAUUAUGACCAUAAACAUAAUGCUAAGAAUAGUGGUAAUUAUAAAUGUAGGAUACAAGAGAAGAAAAAGAGUGAAAGUAAAAGUAAGCAUUUUAAAAAGAAGUAAGUUCUAUCUUGAAGUUGUUUGUGUGUAGAUUGGAUUGUUAAUUUCCAUUUUUAUGUUGGGGUUUUUUGAUGCCUCAG